GAAAAUAAAAUUCAUUCACAGUGGAGAACAAACACAAUCUCUAUCUCUCUCGCGCUGUCUCUAUCUCACUCCCGUUGUUUGUAGCAGCCACGAUGCAGAGACAAUCCCUGGGUUCACCAUCACCCAAACUCCCCAAACUAGAGACGCUCCUCUCCGACGAAGACGAUGCUCCCAAACCUCACCGUCUCUCCUCGCCUCCUCCAUCACCGCACAAGUUCGUUCACUUCAUUCCUGUCCUCACUCUCCUUUGCUUCUUCAUCCUCUACCUCUUCUCCCACGCUCCCUCUCCAUCAGACUUGAAUCAUUUCUCCAGAUUCAACCGCUCGCCGUCGCAUCAUCUAGAUUUGCCUGACAAGAUCGGCGGCGACAUUGGACAUUACAUGGAUGUAAAACGAAGCGACGUUUUGGCGAUCCGAACUUUGCAGCAGAUUCCGAAGUCACGCUCUCACAGAAAACUCGCCGAUUAUUAAGCUCACACACGUGCUCGCUUCUUGCCUUCCGUAAUCGUUCCCUCCAUUCUAUAUUCUUGUUCAUUGUACAUCCAUUCGCUUUUAUUUAUCGCUAUAAAAAUUAUAAUAAGAAAUAAAAAUCAAUUUCACCUGCUUA